AGCGUUCCUACUUGAAUUUUCUCACAAGAAUCAAUACCAUCGUGCCGGGCAUGCAUUAGUAGACUGUGCUGUUUAGGUUCCCACUUCUCAGCCACUAUUUCUCUGCUUUUGCUUUGCUCUGGUGUAUUAUUUGCUGCUGUUUGCUCCGCAUAUCGAUACAUUUUGUUCAUUCCUGUUGGCCGGCAGAAGUUUGUCCUGCAAAGUGUUGAGGCAGGAAACAGUUGGUAUUAACACGUAUUGCUCUCCUUCUGCAGGCUGCAGUACUCUCAUCAAUUGACCUGUGUUCAGGUGUAAAGGCGUGUCCGCGUGGGAUAUCUACGGUUGUUCCUAGAGCAAGAUGCACCUGCAAGAUGAUUACAAUUGAUUUUUCUUAUUGGCUGUUUAUUUCUUGCUCGACAAAUUGCUUGUAAGCCAGCAAGUUCGCAAGCCCCACGCUUAGUGCUUCGGCGGAUCUCCCUCCUCAAGUUGAUCUGAUGGCAUCUGUAUUAGAUCCUUUGGUUGGAUCAUGCAUCACAAAGUUGCAAGAAAUCAUUGCAGAGAAGGCAGUGCUAAUUCUUGGUGUAAAAGAAGAACUAAAGAAACUGCAAGGAACAAUGAAACAAAUACGAUGCUUUCUUGAUGAUGCUGAGCAAAGGAGGAUAAAGGAGUCAGCAGUUAACAAUUGGCUUAGUGAGCUAAGAGAUGCUAUGUACGAUGCUGAUGACAUUGUUGACUCAGCUAGAUUCGAAGGAAGCAAGUUACUGAAAGAUCGCAAAUCAUCAUCAUCAAAAAACUCAACUGCAGGUUGUGGCAUUUCGUUGUUAUCUUGCUUUCCUGUUAUUCAGAGGCGUCAUGAAAUUGCUGUUAAGAUCAGAGACCUGAACGACAGAGUAGAGCAGCUCUCAAAGCAUGGAAACAGUUUUCUACAUCUUGGUGCCGGGCCUACUGGCCAAGGUUCAACAUCCAAAGGGAGAGAAAGUUCCAAGCUUGUAGAACCCAACCUUGUAGGAAAGGAGAUUAUGCAUUCUAGCAAGAAAUUGGUGGAUUUGGUCCUUGCAUGCAAGGAACAUAAGGAUUAUAAGCUCGCUAUUGUUGGAACUGGAGGAGUUGGUAAGACAACGCUAGCUCAGAAAAUAUACAAUGAUCAAAAAAUAAAACCAGAAUUUCAGAAACAAGCAUGGGUUUGUGUUUCUCAAGAGUGUAAUGAAGUUAAUCUUCUAAAGGAGAUUCUCCGCAAUAUUGGAGUGCAUCAAGAUCAAGGUGAAACCAUAGCUGAACUCCAGAACAAGAUUGCAGAAACAAUUAAUGGCAAGAGUUUCUUUCUUGUCCUAGAUGAUGUGUGGGAGUCUAGUGUGAUUGAUUUAUUAGAGGCCCCAAUAGAUUUUGCAGCUUCAUCAAUUAUUUUGGUAACCACACGAGAUGAUAGAAUCACAAUGGAUAUCCAUGCAGCGCAUACCCAUCGAGUUAACCUUAUGUCAGAAGAGGUGGGGUGGGAGCUACUUUGGAAGAGCAUGAGCAUAAUUGAAGCUUAAAGCAAGGACACUUUUAAUUUGGUCUGCUAAGAAACCGAGUAUUGAAAACACAAUUUUCAAGAUACUUCCAUGCAUUCGAGUUUUAUCUUUGAAUGAAUCGUCAUUACAAAGUAUUCCAGAUUGCAUUGGAAGUUUGAUCCAUCUACGAUUU